AUGGCACGAUGGGAAAGGCAAGAUCUCGCCACCAAUCUGGUCAAGGCCGCUCCAGAAAGUCCGUGGACCAUACCAGGGAUUGCCCUAUGGAUCUUUUUUAUUCUUCAGAUCCUAGGAUACCCGAUCCUUGGUGCGUGGGUUGAGCGGCUAUUAUACGGAACGCAGUGCAAGGACAGGACGACCACAAACUUAGAUACCGCGUCUUCUGCUGUGUCAUUAAGCGGCUUUACUAAAAUAUACAAACAAAGCUGGUUUCAUCGCAAGUUCGGCCCGUUGUUUGGCAGUCGCAGGCAGGACGUCUUGGCUGUUGAUAAUCUUGACCUCGAUGUCAAAAACGGCGAGAUCAUGGUUCUUCUUGGUGCUAAUGGAAGUGGGAAAUCCACUACCCUGGAUGCAAUCUCCGGCCUUUCAAAGAUUUCUUCUGGGUCGAUUGUUGUCAAUUACGCCCAGACAACUGGAGGAUUCGGCUUGUGUCCUCAACGGAACGUACUCUGGGACCGUCUAACUGUGCUUGAACAUGUGAGGAUAUUCAAUAGACUAAAGUCUGCUGGGGGCGUCGACACGAACGAACAGCUACUCAAGCUUAUCGCCGCAUGCGACCUGGAUAAGAAGACCACUGCUGCAUCGCGGACCUUGUCUGGCGGCCAGAAGCGAAAACUCCAACUGGCAAUGAUGUUUACAGGAGGAUCAUCCGUCUGUUGUGUUGAUGAAGUUUCUUCUGGCCUGGACCCCAUUUCAAGGAGAAAAAUAUGGGACAUCCUACUUGCAGAACGAGGCCACCGUACCAUUUUACUCACGACCCAUUUCUUGGACGAAGCUGAUCUGUUGGCAGACCACAUAGCCAUUCUCUCCAAGGGCUCACUUAAAGCUACGGGAUCUAGCGUUGAACUAAAAAAUAAACUCGGAUCGGGAUACAGAAUUCAUGUCUACCACAAUCCUGGAUCGGAGAAGCCGUCUGUCUCGGACUUCAAAAACAUCCCGUCAGAAACACACUAUGACCGAAUCGUCUACAACGUCUUAAACUCCUCUCAAGCGGCGGACUUCGUUGUUAAGCUGGAAGAACUGGGAAUAUCAGACUACUGUGUUAGUGGUCCAACCAUCGAAGACGUGUUCCUAAAAGUUGCCGAGGAGGUUCAGAGCUCGAAAGACCUUUCUGAUGAUGAAAAUCUCAAUAGCAGCAAAGAACCGAGCCAGACACCUGAUCUUUUAACUGGAAAGCGCAUUGGAAUGGCUCGCCAGGCUUGGGUUUUGUUCUGCAAAAGAGCCAUCAUUUUGCGACGGAAUUGGCUCCCCUACUUAGCGGCACUUCUGCUCCCAAUUAUAGCUGCAGGUUUAGUAACGUUGUUCCUUAAGGAUUAUCGGAGACCCGGCUGUUCGGGGCCGGGUACCACUGUCGAAUUUGACAUCGAUUCACUUCUAUCGCAAGUUGAUCUUGAGCUAGUCAUCGGUCCAUCAAGCAAGAUUACGCCGUCGUCCAUAGGCCGAUUCAGCCGUUCGUUGCCGGGUUCAUCUUCUUCUCAAUUCAAUGUCUCUUCACUACUCAACAAGACGCACAUCGUCGACACUCUAGAGGAGUUUAACGAUUAUAUCAAUCGAAAUUUUCGAACUGUUACCCCGGGAGGCUUCUUCCUAGGCGAUGAUUCCUCGCCCCCAACCUUUGCCUGGAGAGGGAAUGGGGCUCUAUCGCUCCCUACAAUUGUUCAAAAUGCAAUGAACAAUCUAUUAACCAAUGUUUCAAUCAGCAUGCAAUAUCAAAGCUUCGAACUUCCGUGGGCUGAAGACUCCGGUAAAGCCCUCCAACUCAUCACUUACUUCGGUUUGGCUCUUGCGGUCUAUCCGGCAUUCUUCUCUCUUUAUCUAAACGUCGAGCGGCUCAGAAACGUUCGUGCGCUUCACUAUAGCAACGGCGUUCGAAGUUUCCCAUUAUGGCUUGCGUAUCUCGGGUUCGACUCUUUGAUUGUUCUCGCUGUAAGUGUUUUGGUGAUCGUUAUUUUUCGAGCAGUCUCGGAUACUUGGUUCCACCUGGGGUAUCUGUUUGUGGUCUUGCUGCUUUAUGGAAUAGCAUCGACCUUGUUUGCAUAUGUCGUAUCAAUCCUGGCGAAGUCUCAACUAGCCGCAUUCGCUUUUUCAGCGGGAGCUCAAGCGGUCAUGUUCCUCCUGUAUUUCGUCGCCUAUAUGUCAGUUUUGACCUACGCUCCGGCUACCCGAGUCAAUAGCCUGAUCAAGAUUAUGCAUUUUGUUAUUGCUGCCCUUGCACCGAUUGGAAACGUCACGAGGUCUAUGUUCACGGCCCUCAACAUAUUUUCUACCCUCUGCAAGGGCAAGGAAGUUGCAUCAUACCCUGGGGAGAUCACAUUAUAUGGCGGCCCUAUACUUUACCUUAUCCUGCAGUCGAUUUUCCUCUUUGGUCUAUUGAUUUGGUGGGACAGUGGGCCUCUCUUCCGAAGGCUAGGAAAUACCGCCAAAGCUGAAGAUCCUGAAGAGGACCUGGAUGCCGACGAAGAUAUCAACCACGAACUUACUCGAGUCUCUAGCUCUAAUGAUGGCCUUAGGGUGCUGCACCUUACAAAGUCAUUUGGAAACUUCAUGGCGGUCCAGGACGUUACAUUUGGAGUCGCCCGGGGAGAAGUGUUUGCAUUGCUUGGACCUAACGGGGCUGGAAAAUCAACAACCAUCAGUCUUAUUCGGGGUGAUAUUCAACCUUCGCGGAAGGGCGGAGAAGUGUUUGUCGAGAAUAUCUCGGUUCUUAAGCAGCGUGCGGCUGCUAGAGCGCAUCUCGGCGUCUGCCCACAGUUUGAUGCGAUGGAUCAGAUGACUGUUCUAGAGCAUUUGAGGUUCUAUGCUCGCAUCCGGGGUAUAUCCGAUGUUGAACACAAUGUUAACGAGGUCAUCCGUGCCGUUGGCCUUGGUGCAUUUCGCGAUCGCAUGGCGGCCAAACUAUCGGGAGGAAACAAGAGAAAACUGUCCCUUGGGAUUGCACUGAUGGGCAAUCCAACGGUGCUUCUGCUCGAUGAACCGUCGUCCGGAAUGGAUGCGGCCUCGAAGCGAGUCAUGUGGCGCACACUCGCCUCAGUUGUUCCUGGACGCUCUCUUGUCUUGACCACGCAUUCCAUGGAAGAAGCGGACGCCCUUGCGAACCGUGCUGGCAUCAUGGCGAAGAGAAUGCUGGCGCUCGGCACUACUGAUUAUCUACGCAGGCGACAUGGUAAUGUCUAUCACAUCCAUGUCGUUCACAGAUCAGCUCCACAUACAAGUGACCAAGAGAUGGAAAAUAUUCGUCACUGGGUUACAGAUUGCCUUCCGGAGGCGUCUGUCGAGCAAAAGACUUACCACGGACAAUUGCGGUUCAGCAUUCAGGGCUCAGAUGGCCUACUCUCCGUCGAUUCAGCAAGUGAUGAUAUAGAUACGAUCUCAUACACUGUUGGCGACCUUUCUGAGUCGAAGCAGCCUACAAGGGCAGCGGCACGGCCCUCCAGCAUUGUCACAAGCAACCCGCGAGGUGUUAGCGUUGGCAAACUAUUUUCCCUUUUGGAAGAGCAUAGGCACAGGCUCGGCAUCGAGUUCUAUUCCGUCAGCCAGACCACACUGGACCAGGUAUUUUUGUCUAUUGUGGGAAAACAUCAUGUCGGCGAAGAGGGCGAGGUGUCCUCCUCCGGGUCUACCUUUCCAGUCGUAUACCAUUCUCACCUUCGCUGCCCUUUCGCCCUUGGUGACAAUAAAACGCCGGACAUGAUGCCUCUCUCCGUCCACCAUUGCAAACCCCCAGAUCUGCUCUGCCUUCCACCCGCCCCUGUCGCUCACUACGUAUACUUGGACAUGCUUUCCCUCUUCAUCACUUCCAGCCUCUCCCGCUUCAUUCAGCCAAUCUGCCGCAAGGAAAGGAUCAAGCGCCUCGCCGUCGCCACCGACUGCAUCAGGCCCGAUUGCCGUCCACCGCGUGCGAACCCGCUGCGUCCCAAACAUGCCAGACCCAUGGGUGAAUUCCAUCCAAUUCAGUUGAUGGUGCUCCGCCUCAGCUUUAAUCCCGCCCGUUGCAACUUGGUUGAUAUGGAUGGUUGUAAGGCCGUCUGGGCUCUUUUCCUGUUUUAG